UAGUGAAAUUUUCUCUCUCAAUUGACACCAUUUUCCUGUUGAUCUGUUUUUUGAAAGAAAACUCAGUAAUUCACUAAAAGCCUCAAAUUCUAUCAUCUUUAACUCUACCCUUUUCUCUUUCUGUAAGGUGUCCUUCUGAUUCAUUCUACAGAGAAUAUUUUCUUUUUUGUAUUUCUUUCUUUUUCUCUCUCUCUCUCUCUCUCUCAUUCUAUUUUUCCUUUUCUUCUUCUUUACUGGUGUUCAGUUUAUUUUUUGUGUUCCCUUUUCUAUCUCUCUAUCUUUACCUUAAAAAUACUGAAAGAAGUAUAAAAUAUAUUUAGAUUUAUAUUUUGCCGAGUAUGGAGAAACGGAUUCCUAUCAAAUGGUGUACCAGGUUAUCCUGGUCACAGUUUGUUGGACUGAUUACGUCUUGUUACAUUCUAAUCUUUAUGUUUAUCAUCUCACCUGUAAAUUGUGUUGAAACCAAAGCUAGUUUAAAUUUAACCACUUGUGUGUUAACAGUCAAUAAAAAUGUAUAUAAUUUAAGUUCCUUGGUGAGAAAUGAUGGAGACCAACCUUGGCUGUUAAAUACCCGGAUGUCUAAUGAUCAAUCUCAGCAAAAUGUAUUUAUUAACCUGUGUCGUCCAUUACCAAGUACAUUACCUGCUUUACCUAAUGGUGGUUGUCGAGAUUCAGUUAACUCUUCUGUUUGUAUGGUUAAUAUGAUUGAAAAUCAAACCACCUCAUUUGGUGACUUUAAUGAUUUUAAGGUUACCUUUGAUGAUUCAAUGGAGGCGAUACAUUUUAUCAUGAAGAAUACAAAUUUAUCAACUGAAAUUUACCUUCAUUGUAAUCCAAGCUCAAAAAAUAGUCAACCCAUUCUGAUUAAACGAAGAUCAAAUCGAUUUCUAAUUGAAUGGUAUGAUGCUGCUGCUUGUCCCAAAGCCGAUGUCAUUGGGGAAGAUUGUUCAGUUUAUGUUCCCAGUAUUAGUAAGGUUUUUGAUUUAUCACCUUUAAAGAAACCCGGUGGUUAUGAUUUUCCUGAAGAUGGUUAUGAUUAUUUUAUCAAUGUUUGUGGUCCAGUUAAUGCAACUGGAUGUUCACCAAACUCUGGAAUUUGUCACUACAGUAAAGAUGGUAAAAUGACCUAUUCACUUGGACAAUGGAAUGAUCAAGUUAUCUAUUCGGAUGGUAUAAUUAAGCUUACCUAUGGAGAUGGUGAUCCAUAUCGUAAUGUUGAGAGGACACCUCGAGCUAGCGAAAUCCUGUUUAUCUGUAACAAUUCAGCCGGUGAAGGAAAACCUGAUUUCAUCAAGGAAUCAAAUCGUACUUACAUUAUCCAUUGGGAAACUAAAUAUGCUUGUCCCAAGAUGACUCAUAAUGUUGAUUGUAUUUGGCAAAAUUCAACUCAUCGUAUUGAUUUAACUCCUUUCAGUAAAUCUGAGGGUAACUUUUUGGUUCCUUUGAAAAAGGGUUUUGUUGUCAUUAAUGCUUGUAGUCCAGUUAACCCUAGACUUCAUCGUUUACCCCAAUGUCCAUAUUCAAGUGGAGCUUGUUUCAUUCCUACUGAUCAUGAAGGAGCAGCAACAAAAAGUCGAAACUUGGGUCAACCAAAGACACCACCAAGAUUACUGUUUAACAAUCAAAUUAGUCUUCUUUACACUGAUGGUGACACUUGCCCUUCAGAUCCAUCUAAACCCUAUGUUACCUACAUAACCUUUUCUUGUGAUCGUAAUGUUGGUGAAGGUUCACCCAGUUUACUAAGUGAAGAUGAUCUGCAAAACUGUGAAUGGCUAUUUGAAUGGAAAACAAGUCUAGUCUGUCAACCUCGUCCAAUUUACAGUCAUCAAUGUAUCUUUGAAGAUCAACUUAACAAAUUGAAAGUCGAUUUAACCCAAGUUUUUUCAUCACUUCCACCGAUCUCUGAACAAAAUAACUCAACAAUCAAAUCAUUUUUCAUUAACGUUUGCUCUGUUGGUUCAGGCAAAGAUUACAAAGAAAUGACAAUCUCUAAAAUGUGUUCCAAUUCAUCAUUAUGUGUAGAGGAGACUCUUAUUGGUGGUAAUUCAAGUCCACGAUAUUUAAGCUUAGGAAAUCUUCAAACUAAUAAUAGUGAAUAUUUUUUCCAAGGUGAAUCUUUAAUUUUACGAUUUUUCAAUGGAUCCUUUUGUGAUGGUGAUAGAACCUGGUCAUCUGAAAUUGAUAUUCGAUGUUCAUCCAAUCGAAAGACAACCUUUGUCCGUAGAGAAACCGAUAAAUGUAUUCACAAGAUUUUCCUUGAAUCAGCACUUGUCUGUGGUCUAAAACCUCCCAGUUGUACCUAUCGUUUUAAUAAUUCAAUUAUUGAUCUUCGAGAAUUGUCAUCACUAACUCAUGCCUGGAAAACAAAUGCCGCUCCGGUAGAUAAAGUUUACUACUUUAACUUGUGUAAUAAGAUUCCAAAGGAUCACCAUGCAUUUGAUGGUUACAGUUCUGUGGUUGAAUGUGAUCUUAUAGACGGUGUUGAACAUUGUGGUCAUCCAUUGGGACAGAAAGAUUUGAUGACCAUGUCAAUGGAGUACGAUUCAGAUCAGACGAAACAAAAUCUUGUGAUUACCUAUGCACACGAUAAAACGGACGUUUGUACUCAUACUGAUUCGGUUACAACUAAGAUUAAACUUAUCUGCAGUUCAAUUUAUCGUGAUCCAAAGUUCACUCGAAAGGUUGACAAUUUUACUCAUUGUGAAUAUCAUUUUGAAUGGGAAACAUAUCUUGCCUGUUUUGAUCAUGAACCAGAACGAAAGGAACGUAAAUUAAUUCGUAAUGGUAAUUAUUUCAUCGAUAAAAGGCCUGACCUCGAAAUUAACAUGGCAAUUAAUAUGAGUGAAAUUUUCCAUACCCAUCACACUGUAACUGAUGGAAAAUAUAAUUACACAAUUAAUCUUACUGGUAAAAAUGAUAAUUCAAAAGGAAAUUGUAAAAAUGCAGCCAUUUGUCAGAGAGAAAUCAAUGGUACACUUGAACGUGACAUUGGCUCUCUUGAAACCGAGAUGAUGGUUACCCAAGGAACCAAAAUGAAGCUCAAAUUAACGGCAAAUAAUCAUCAAAAAUGUGGUAAAAAUGCUCGUAAAAAUGUAACCUCAACAAUAUUCUUUCAAUGUAGUAGUGCCGAAUCGGGUAUUGGUUCACCUCGAUUCUUUUACGAAUCAAAUGAUUGCGAUUACAUUUUCAUCUGGGACACAUCAAUGGUUUGUUCAGGUAAAAUGUUGUCCACUGAUUUCAUUGCCAAACUAGAAGAGUCAUCAGUAAACUCUGAGUCCAAUUUCUUUGGACGAAACGGUUCAUCGACAGCAUCUCUAUUUGGUGCUUUUCUUCUAGUAAUUUGUGUUAUGAUUUUCGCCGUGGGUCCAUUGGCUUGGGUUGCAUUCCGUCUAAGUGAUCGAGAAAAAAGGAAUUAUCUAGUCCAUUGGAUCCGAAGCAAAUUCCGGGCUCCGGUAAUCACAUCGUUCCACUAUUCUCAAGUUUCGUCCGAUUCCACAAAAUUAGUUUCCAUAAAUGAUGAUCUUUAGUCCAAGAGAGAAGAAGGUGUCGAAGAAGAAAAAGAAAAACAAAGAAUUUUAAAUUUCAAGUGGAAACGUUUUUAUAAGCGAAAAAAAGAAAAAGUUAAAUUUCUGUGUAAAAAAAGUCAAAAACUUAUUUUCUAAAAGACUGUUAGCAUUUUGGGUUGAUAGAAAAACGAUAAUGUCAUAGAAAAGGAUCAUUUCUCCUAUUCUAUUUCUUUCUUUUCUUCCAAUCAAAUCCACCAACUUUCCACAUACACCACCACCGCCACUUCCACUUUUCCACCUUAAUCAAAAUUCAACCACCAAGAACAAAAAUCAACCAUAUCUCUCAUUCAAUUACGAGAAUGAGAAACAACCUCAUCCAAAAAAAAAACACCAACCAACAAACAUAACAAAUCUAAUUGUUCUCUAUUAUGUUAUUGUAAAUUAAACUUCGAAUUAUCUUUUUUU